AUGGCUGAUGAGCCUAUGCUGAGUUUAUUUGAUGCAGAUGGAGGUUUUAUGGGUGAAUUGACAAAUUCUUCUGAUGGUGGACUAGGAACACAAGAAUAUAAUAGAGGUCUGCCUGCAUCAGAGAAUGGAAUGAUGAAUCAGGGACUUCCAGGAAUGCAGGUACAGAGGACAAUGCCUGCACAGCCUGAUAUGAUGAUGCAUCAGCAACAGUCACAAAAUCUUCAAGGCUAUCCUCAACAUCACAAUGUUGCUCAGAAUAAUUUUAGGGGUAUGAAUCCUCAAGCUGUGAUGAUGAAUCGUCAGCCAUAUCCUGGUCAACCAGACGCUUAUAAUCAAUAUAAUCAGGUUCCUAAGCUCCACCAUAUGAAUGAUUCUAACUCUAUAAUGAUGUCCGGGCAGAAUCCAAAUAUAAUGGCACAGAAUAUACGGCAACAAGCUCCCCAACAACAAACGUUUGGAAGCCCUCCCCAAAAUUCUUUGAUGCCAGGACAACAGCCAGGGUAUCAUAAUUACAAUAUGUCUCCUAGACCCAGAAUGGCUUCUCAAGCGAAACAGAUGGGAAUGGUUGCAAAUAGUCAGUGGCCACCAAAUCAACCCCAACAAUCCAGUCCUAAUCAACAACAGCAGUAUAUGGCGGCACAGCAGAAUCGUCAGCAACAGAUGAUAGUUGGAAAUAACCACAUGUCAUCUUAUCCUCAGCAACAUGACUUUAACAUGCAACAACAAUCUCAACAAAGUGUAGGACAUUACCCAAACAAUACCCAGCAACCACAGCCCCAUUAUAUGCAAGGGAUGAGAUCUCCUCCUACUGGAAACAGAAUGCCCAUGCCAAUGAGCCCCAAUAAUAUGAAUAUGAUGGCCCAAAUGCAGCAGAGACCUAUUAAACCUGCUCAACCCUUUCCCCACUCUCAGGCAGCUACUUCUCAAUCUAAUAUGAUGCCGAAUUAUAACGCCCAUCAGACAAUACAACAGCCAAGAUUUACUGGUGAGUAUAUGUCUGAAGGACCACAAUUAACCCCAGGGACCAAUCCCCAAGCUAAUCAUCAGCACUAUUCUUCGUUUUCCGGCAAUCAGCAUGUGCCAGUUUCCCCUGUGGCGACUGGUAUGGGUGAUGCCAAUGCACUCACGCACUUUACUACUAACCGAAGUCCUAACAGUAUGCAGUACCACCAAUCAUACACCGGUAUGGGUCAACCGUUACCAGGUCAACCAGGCCCUCAAGCACCUUCACCACAUUCAUCAUCUGGUUCAACGACACCAUCACUGUUAACUAAUGUUUCUCAGGGAAAUUUUGGACAAUCCAGUUUACAACAACUUGAGCAACUUGUUUCACCAUCAGUUGGAGGUAUUUCUGCUGCUAACCCCUUUCAACAAGUUAUGCAAAGCACACCAAACUCCAAUCUUAAUGUGGCGCCAAAACAAAUGAUUUAUAGUUCCACAAACUUUCAAACUACUACUGUUUCUUCAACAGGCUCUGUGAAUGGUACGCCAAUUCAGUCUGGAAUGUCCAUGUCAGGAACUAACGGUCCUGUUAGUGCACCAAUUAAUACUGAUCCUAGUCAACCAAUGAUGCCAAGUAAUCCUAAUCAUCAGCAGAAUGUUAACAUGGAAGUUCAGAGGUUACAGCAACAAAUUCAGCAUCUAUAUAACAUGCCUCAAACACAACAAAUACAACAACAAAUGCUAGAUCUGCAAGAAAAAAUGAGAAUGCUGAAAGCCCAGCAGCAGCAACACUUCUUACAGAUGCAGAAACAACAAAUUCAGCCUCGUCCUAAUUUAGUUGGAGCUCCUCCUAAUCACAACAUUCCAGGUCAGCAGCAAGUGAGAAUGCCACAACCAAAUCCAGGAAAUCCCACAGUACCACAAAUGAACACAACACAAGUGAUGGGAGUGCAGCAACAAAGUAACAUUCCUUCCCAAUCAAAGGACAGUAAUAUUCCACCACCACAAUUUGGGCAGUAUGGUAAUCAACAAAACAUGUUACCAUCGCUAGGAGAUUCGAUAGAGAUCUUGUCUUUAAAAGAUGCAUUACUCUCUGACUACAAUGAUUUCUGA